CAUAUGCAUUUCAAGAACAGAUCACGGCCACGACGAGCUUGAUCUCACACCACCACGAAAACACUAGGUUUUUUUCUAAAACAAGGGAGGAUUCCAUGUCUCACCCAUGUCUUCCCGAGAGUCCGAUGGGCGUAUAACGGCGCCGGUGUCGUUGCCCUUCGCCACAACCGCCAGGAACACGAAACCCCACCUCCUCCGCCUCCGCUUGCUAGGAGAACUCGCCGGAGUUGAGUCGCCGAUACGGGCCGUCGUGUCUCGUGUCCACACUGGGGACCUGCUUGGAAUUCAACAUGGGCAUAUCUGGACCGUCCAAUUUUUAAUCGCACGGUCUGCGCUCCCGUGCGCACACCUCAUCCUCCGGGGCCUUCUACUUCUACGCCGAAGGCAAGGGGGGAAGGUCACGCGCCGCCAUGUCGGAGACUGAAGCAGCGGCGCCGGCGCCGGCGGCAUCGACGGAGAGGAAGCCCCGGAGGCUGCGGGGCCACAAGAAGGGCGCCGUCACCUGCUGCGUCGCGUCCUCCGCCCGCCCGGGCGUCGUCGCCUCCUGCGGCGAGGAUGGAUGUCUUUGCUGGUUUGAUCUGCGCACCAAAGAUGUGCUUUUAUCCAUUGAGGCAGCAAAUAAACCAAUCUCUUCAAUGUGCUUUAAACCAGGAAAUGAAGAUUUUGUGUAUGUCUCUUCUGGAAAUGAAAUAUUGUCCUUUGAUGUUCGUAUGGGAACUCAAUCAAAACCAUUAGAGACAUAUAACUACAAUAGAGAUGAAAUCAAUCAGAUUGCUAUCAGCUCUAGAGGUUUUCUUGCUGCUGCAGAUGACAGUGGGGAUGUUAAGAUUGUCAAUACCAUUCAAAAAUGCUUGUACAAAAGAUUGAGAGAAGCCCACUCAAGUAUUUGCAGCAGCGUACAAUUCAUUCCUUGGAGACCUUGGACAGAUAAAUUUCAUUUGGCAGCAAUCACUGGUGGCCUUGAUUCAAAGCUCGUUGCGUGGGAUUUCUCUAAAGGGCGAACACUAUUUUCUAUUGACUACGGAUCACCUGAACUGCAAAAUGGCAGUUCGUCAGGUAGCGCAGGGCAAUGUUUCAACCCUGCUUUUGUUCAUUCAGUAGCAGUUUCUGAAGAGGGCAUUUUGGGAGGGUUGUACAAAGUUUGUGCUGUUGCAAGGGGGGAUGGUGCUGUUGAUGUAGUUGACCUUGAAUAUGAAUUGGCCCCUGCAAAAUCAAAAGGAUCUUCUCGGCCAGUGGGUUUGUCUGGUUCGACAAUGAGUUCAAAAGGUUCUGAUCUUGGAGAUGGAAGCAGUAAUCAAAGUCAAGUGAAAAGGAUCCAUCUUGAUUACACGACGGGUGGCCAUACUGCAGCUGUGUCUUGUGUAGCAUUUUCAGCAUUUGGUGAGAAGGGGAAGUUCCUCGUUUCAGGUGGCAAUGAUGCAUCAGUGAAGCUAUGGGAUUGGUCCAAAGGAUUUUCUUCUGAAACAAACAGCAAUGGUGAAUUGGUGUUGGAUAUUGAUGUGAAGAAAAAGGUAAAUUGGUUGUGUACUACUCCAACCGAUUCAGAUAACCUGAUUGUGUGUGAUACAUCGAAGGUGGUUAAAGUAUAUAAUUUCCCAUAGAUGGAGCAAUAUGUGGCCUCAUCUUAUUGGACAACUUUCUGAACGAGUGAAUGUUGCCUGACCAUCAUUGUCAAGUUGGCCCCGACUCUGGUGACUCGUGUCCUGAGAUGUGAAGCCAAGCCUGCUGCAGCUAGUUAUGUGUAGUGAUAAUCCAAGAAUAUUGGCUAGCACUUUGUAGUGUCAGUUGUGGGACUGAAAGGAUUCGCCAAACAAAACUAUCUGAAUCUAUCGAGACAAAUGUUACUUCGCUGUGAUAUUUUUGUACUUCCAUAGGCUGCUAGCUAGACUCGUCAUGUGUAUCUUUGUUGCAUGGUGAAAUGAAUUUAUGGCUUUCAGAAAAA